GUAUAGCUACUUGUUCACUGAAGCAGUCCAAAAAAUAGAUACAUUUAAAGGGUAUUUUUAAUGUAUAACUGAAUUUCACAAACUUAUAAUGCAUAUUAUUUGCAUAUAAAACAUAAUGCCUCUCCAAUAUAGCACUACCUUUGACCGAGUUUAAAAAAAAAGCAACUUCACACUUCAGGCGCUUCUGUUAUUAGUUAUACAUAAUAUGUUCUUUGACCCACACGUGAGGUAUAUUUUAUUCAUUAGAGAACACAAGUCGGUUUCCACAGUUUCCAUGGAUAGCGUUUAUUAAAUAUUAACACGUGUGGUGUCGAAUUGACACCCCUGAACCAGAAGCCCUUUAUCUGAAGAUCGGGCUAGACCUUUGGUGUCACGGCAAUGCACUUUACCUGAGAUACGCUCUAAUUUCAGGCAAACCAAUAUUAGUAUGAUGUAGAUUUUGAGAAUGGAGCGAGACACAUCUAGGGCCGAUGAGGAGCGCGCGGAGAAGAGAGUGCGCUUCCGCGUGGCGUCUGCGCGCAGCGGCCGCGUCCUGCAGGAGGUGUUCAGAGAGCGCGGGCUCGAGGACUUCGCGGACACGGACACCACGGUGAGCUCGGAGCCGGAGCCGGAGCGAGCCAGCUCGCCGGUCAUUUCCGAGGCCAACAGCCACCUCAGCGGCCUCGGUGCAACCGCAGAGCCUGACGACAGUGGCAGCGAACCAGACGAGCUGCUCAUGUACGCUAGCGCGACCAAAAACAAACUCUUCACCGGGAAACGCGUUAACAUCUUCAGUAAGAACGGGACCGUCCGGGGCGUGAGAGACAAAGUGAGCGCGGGGCAGGUGUUGUUUAAUAACCUGUCCAAAAUGUACGGGGACUCGCUCAUUAUGAACCGGCCUAAAAGGCGAUGAGAUUUCAUCUGAAAUCUGAAAACACAGAUGGCCUGCAGCAGAGGAUUCUGGGUCGGGAAGCAGGACGUGCGACAGGCUUGAGCGUGUAAAAGGGAUAAACAGCGGCCAACCUUUUUUGUUUAGCUUUUCGUUACUUGUGUAAAUUGUAAUUCUGUAAAUAUUUUAUAUGAACAUUUUUUUGCAAAAGCAUUUUUUAGGAUGAGAUGGUGUCUGUGAAAUCAGCAGAUUGCUUUUAAUGUUCUCUUUGCCUAUGAUUGGAGUGCCUUUUCUUCAUUUUGCCUUCACUUAUUAAUUUAAUAAGACGCAAAUAAGAUUAAGUUUUAUACACAUUUCUUUUUUAGUACAAUAAAAUCAAGUCAUUCCAACCUUAUUGUUUUUGUGAAUACUUCUGAAACUAUUCAUUUAUUUAUUUUGGAUGAUUACUGAACACUCAAAAAAUAACUUUUGCUGCUUGUUCAAACUACUUAUUUAAAAUGAGUUGAAACAACACAAGUCUCAAGUUUUUUGGGGACGACUUAAUGGUUUUAUGCUCAAUCCGCUUAACUUAAUCAAUUUGUGUUGGGACAACAUGUAGGGAUUGUGUUGAACCUUGCAUUUUUUACAGUGUAUGCAUCUAAUCACAAUUAACAUGAAUCUUUCCUGCUUGGCAUUACUAUUCAGUGAUGAUGUAUAAGACUGAAGGAUUAAUAGGUCAGCUUCUGCAUUAUGCAGCUGAAGAGAAAGUGGAAGAAAGUGAAUAGUUAGCAAUAUUACUAGGACAUUGUGUUUAUAUCAGGAGAUAGACAAAGUACACAAAUCAGGCACAUGAGUAUACGUAUACCCUAAUUAAAUAUUACCCCAGUAAAGGUAUAAAGUCCUGCCUUUCAAUAAUAAGUCAAAGGGCAAAGAAAUAUUAGAUUUUUAAAAACUUAAAGUCGCCAGCAGAUCAAAAUUUAAAUCAUUAUUUUGUAAAAAUGUAUUUGCCCACAAAUUAAACUAAUAAAAUAACCUUCCUUUUCCCUCAAAACAACUUUUCUUUACUUCCUGGUCACAUCUAAUUCCUUUUAGGAUAGGCAUAUGAGUGAGUGUCUUGUUUCUACUCUGAAUUCAUCAGUCCUUUUGUUAGCAACGACUUUCAACAAUCCAAUUGGUUAAAAAAAAAGUAAAUCAUGCACCAACCUACAUUUUUUUUUCUCAGUUUAGGAUAAAUUCAAGUGGACUCACAGUAAAUGGAUCAUUUGAAUCAGUGAGUUGUUUACUGGAGACUCGCUCUGAACUGAUCAUUUAAAUUAAUGAGUUGUUUACUAUACACUCACUUUGAACAGAUCAUUUGAAUCAGUGAGUUGUUAACGAGAGACUCACUCUGAAUUGAUCAAUUGAAUCAGCGAGUCGUAUACUGGAGAAUCUCUGAACAGAUUACUUGAAUUAGUGAGUUGUAUAAUGAAGACUCACAGUAAAUGGAUAAUUUCAAUCAGGAAGUUGUUUACUAAAGGCUCACUUUUGAGCAAAUCAUUUGAGUCAGCGAGUUGUUGACUUGUGAUCAGAUAUUAGUUCACAUCAUUUAGAGGGCCGUUUAGCAUUCAAUCACAAGAAAAAAGUGGAAACCUGAUGUAAUUGAUGCACUCAGACAUUCUUCUCCAGAGUUUAUGCAGUCAAAACUCCUUCUUGUUGUACAUAUUAAAGGCGUAGUUUAAAUUGAUGUGGAAAUACUGCAAUUUAAUAAUAAUAAUAAUUAUUAUUAUUAUUAUUAUUAUGUCUCAAUCAAUUGUUGCUUAACCAGAACUUUAACAGAUAGCAUAAGACAGCAGAAAGUAGGUUGGGUAACUUAAGUGACUUUACUGGCAAUUGUUAUUCUCAAUGUCAUUCUUUUUUUGUAAAACUACAACAAAGUGGGGGAAAUUAUGUAUAUAUUCACAUUUACUUUAACAUGAUCAAUUCAGCCAGCAGUAAAACUUUACUAAUGCACAUUUUUUGAACAAAUAUUAAUAUGCAUAUGAGGAAAAUCUAUUAAAAAGACCAUUUGAAUUGAAUAUCUUAUUUACACCACCAGCAUAACAUGAAGUAGUGUUUGUACAACAAAAUACAUUUUCUGAAUUUCUGAAGAAUGUUGGAAAAAGCAUUGACGAAGUACUAACAAAAAUACUAUGGAAGUCAGUCUUUCCUAACAUUCUUCAGUACCUCUUCCUUUAAGUUGAACAGAGGAAAGACACUCACAGUACCCAGUUAGCAAAGAUUUCUGGCCCAAAGUUGGCAAAAAGCUGGCACAGAAGACAUUCAUCCAGCAAUGGCAUACAGCAUGUGGGCCAAACAUGUGGGCCCAUGUUUGGCAGAGGUAGCACUGGUUUAAGGUGGCACACAAGGUUUGGGCCAGAUGUAAAAUGUAUUUGGCUCAGGUGUUAAAAGUUGAGCCGUGGGCCACGUAAGUUUGGCCUUUCCUGACCCACAUUUAAAAUAUAUUAAAAUAAAUUUUGAGUAAAGAAAAAAAUUCAACUAGUCGCUUUGAGAAAAAGCACGCCCACAGUGUGCCUUAGGCACAAUGCUUCAUGGGUUUAUUAAUUACAUUGCAAUCGUGACACACCAACCUAUCUGGUCCAGUUCUGGCCCAGUUAUGAGUUAUUAACUUGGCUGUGACUUGACCCAGAUAUGGUCCAUGCUUGGCCCCUGUCUGGAAGCCAGACUUGGUCCAGUCAUGUACUGUAAUUCAAUGCAGCAUGUGGGCCAAGCAAAACAUGAUUGUGUGGGCCAAAGAAAUUUGCUAUAGAAAUUUUUGCUAUGUGGUAUAUGAGGACAAUGUGUGUUUAAAGUAAACUGGAUGCUAAAUUCAGUUUUCCAAAGUUGACUAGCAAGAAAUCGAGUUUACAAACUCUACGGAAAUAUUGGUCUUCCUCUAUACCUACAAAAAAAGUCAUCUAGUUAGCCAUGAAGGAGGCUAAAGUAAAUUAACCUGAAAGGAACACCACUUAUUUUUGUAAAUAGACUCCCCAAGAGUCAAACAGUUGGAACUAACUUUAUGUUCUCUGAUUGGUGGAAAGGUUUGUAAAUUACCAAUAAAAAUGUAAACCUUUUGAAGAAAUUGCAUCCCAGGUAGCAAAGAACUUUGGCCCAGAUUUGGCUAAAGAUGGCACAGCAGGCAUACAGCAUGUGGGCCAAACAUGGCCUGGGUUUGGCAGAGGUGGCACCAUCUUUAAAGCAGCACACAAAGAUUUGGGCCAGAUGUAAAAUGUAGUAUUUAGCUUAGGUGUUAAAAAUGUAUAUGUGGCGCCACGUAAGUUUGGCAUGUUGAAGUUGAAGUCAGAAUUAUUAGCCCCCAA